UGUUUAGGGUAAAAACUCUCAUUAACAAUAAUAAAUGCGGUCCUGCUAUGCGUCUGCUUGUCUGCUACUGCAGUUGUUCGCAGCCAUGUCUGUUGACGACCGAUCGAGAUAGGUUCGUUGAAAAAAAAAAAAAAGAAAGUGAGUGGGUACCGCGUUCAAAGCACGGGAGAGACGUUCGCGUAGCUCCUCGCGUUUGUCUGGCGUCAGUUUGAAAGGGACGACCUCGAGCUGCGGGCUUCGUUCGUCGAGUCGUGAUGACGGCCAGCGGAUUUGUCAACAUCACGGAGUUCAACGUCGCUGACCCGAUUGGGGGUGGUCCCCAUGUUCGCCGUCUCACUAGCAGAUGUGCUGCAGUAAGUGCCAAAUGAACAACCAUGGCUGCGCUGCACACUCUGUUUCGCCGCGCGUCCGACCUCUUUCGGACGAGCUCAGGCACGCCUCAGCAGCUAAAGCCACCCGCAGCGGACGGGGAGGUGGUCUUCUGCAAGAACAACGUGUGCGUUCACCCUCCGGUGUCGUCGAAUAAUGGGGUCACCCAUCACCCAGGCUACCUCACCAUCAAAGUGCACCACGAUGAGAUUCUCGGCCUAAGCCUGCGUCUCAGUUGGAUCCCUAAUGCAUCACUCAAGAAGAAUCCUCGCAGCCUCGAGAACCGUACACACUUCUUUAGUAUUUUUUUUGGCUACCCCCUGAGUUGUGACCAGCAGAGCAUCAGCUCGGCCGUCUCCGACAUGGGGAGUCCACCGGAGGAGCAAGGCAGCUUGGACUCUUGGACGGCCAGCGAUCAGGCCGAGAUGACGGCGUCGACAGCGGGGUCGCCACCGGGGCUGCCCCUUGACUCCAGCGAUGGCGACCUCUGCGGGGUCGGCACAAGUGCCACCGUGUCCAAGAUGCCGAGCUGCGACGACAAUGGGAGCGUGUCAGGUGCCGACUGCAACGGAUCAUCAUCGUCUGCCAUUGGACCAGAGGAAGUGACGGCUGCUCUGGAGUCCAUGAUCAGCGGCCUUAACCAGAUCGACACAGGAAGUGGUGUCGGUGCCAAAAAUUCUGCGGAUUCUAAAACUGUCGGAGUGAAAGAAAGUACUGCGACGUCGGUGGGAAAUGGAGAGGAUGUGUCAGCUGCUUUUGAGAGGAACGGGACGACCAUGUCUGAUGCACCAUGGAAAGACGUGGGGGACGUCGGGCCAAGCUGCGACACGCCUUGGCAUUCGGAAUGGAAUGGCAGCAUUGACGAGCCGUCGAGCAGCCGGGCCAAGCCGCAGCCGGAGUCGCUCCGGAGCAUGACCGAUUCGGGCAUUGCCUCCGGACCGGCCAUCAUGGUGAGCCAGCAUAGUGGCUGCUCCAGCGCCGACCUGGCCACGUGCGAAUCUGGCAGGAGCAGUGGACUGGUCUCGUCGGGCUCAUCCGAAGGACCGGACUCCGGCCAGCAGAGUCCUUUCCCAGGGGACGACGGCUCAAACAGGCUUCUGGAGCGGCUACGAUCUGGCUCACGCUUCAUGCUCGAAGAAGGGACACCCGAACAGCUUGCGCAUGCCCACAACCUGACCUUUCCGGACAACGCCUCUCUGUGCGGACGAAGUCCAUCGCGGUCAUCCAUGUCGAGGGAGAGCCCAUGCGGGCAGUUCUCGGUCGACUUGGGCCAGAUGCGAUCAUUGCGUCUGCUGUUCAGCAACCGCGAGUGCACCUGCGGCCAGCUGGUGAUCGCCAGCCGCGAGAGCCAGUACAAGAUCUUCCACUUCCACCACGGGGGCCUCGAGAGGCUGGCACCCGUCCUAGGAGACUUCGACUUCCUCACACGGGGCAAGAAGAGGAAAAACGAGCACUGUCCGUACGACCACUUCUCGGUGUCCAAGCCCCAGGUGUCAGCAGAGGAGUGCCACCCCGAGGAAGGCCUGUACAGCACGCUGGUCGACGAAGAGGCUUGGCGGCAGUACAUGAAUGACGACGGAAGCAUCGACGACGACUUCCAACUGCGAAAGGCAAUCUUCUUCAGAGGCUUAGAUCCUAGGCUACGAAGAGAGGCAUGGCCACUGUUGCUACAACACUAUGCCUUCACGACCACAUUCGAAGAGCGGGAACAAAUUCGUAACGACCGAUUUCUCGAGUACCAGGAUAUUCGCAAGCUGAGAGAGCGGAUGAGCCCGGCUGAGCGCGAAGCUUUCUGGCGGAACGUCGAGUGUACCGUGGAGAAGGAUGUAGUGCGCACCGACCGGACCAAUCCUUUCUAUGCAGGCGACGACAAUCCUAACAUCGAGAUCAUGAAGAACAUCCUCCUCAACUACGCGGCUUGCAACCCGAACCUGGGCUACACCCAGGGCAUGUCUGAUCUUCUGGCACCUGUUUUGGCCGAAAUCCAAGACGAAUCCGAAGCCUUCUGGUGCUUUGUGGGACUCAUGCAAAGAACCAUCUUUGUCAGCUCUCCCAAGGAUGGCGACAUGGACCUUAACCUGGAGUACAUGCGGGAGCUGCUGCGGCUGAUGACUCCGCGCUUCUACGCGCACCUGGAGAGCCAGUGCGAGCACUACCCGGACGCCCUGGAGCUGCUGUUCGUGCACCGCUGGCUGGUUCUGUGCUUCAAGCGUGAGUUUGCCGAGCCCGAGGCGCUGCAGAUGUGGGAAGCGUGCUGGGCACGCUACCAGACCGACUGGUUCCACCUGUUCCUGGGUGCGGCCAUCGUGGCCCUGUACGGGGGCGACGUCGUCGACCAGGGCAUGCGCCCUGACGAAAUGCUCCUCCACUUCAGCUCUCUGGCGGGACACAUGGACGGCGACCUGGUGCUCCGCAAGGCGCGGGGCCUCUUACACCAGUUCCGGCUCCUGCCUUGCAUACCGUGCACGCUGGCUGGCUUGUGCGAGCUGUGUGGGCCCGGCAUGUGGGACAGCGGUCACGAGCCGGUCGUCGAGUGCCGCGGCGGCCACGGUGGCCGGCCGUGUCCGCACCGUGGUCAGGACCCGGUGGCACCUUCCUCGCAGGGGACGGGGGCCGAUGCCGCCAACCACGUUCCCUGAUCUUCAGCUUCCGCAGCUCCGCGUGGCAGCUGCAUUUUUCCGUUCCUCCAUUUCGGAAACGAUGAUGAUGAGCAGCUGGAGGGAAGUAGCUACGUUUACUCAUCGCGCGCAUGUUUGUUAUCGAGGGCUCAGGACUUCUUCCUGUAAGGCUGAAGUCGGAGCUCUUUAACGAAGCUGUUGAUCGACUUGCUGAGACCAGAGGGGAGCAUGAGCACAGACUCAGAUCGGUGACUAAUGCUUUGACAUGGUGGCUUGUCUUCGCUUAUGCAAGCAUUGUAGUACCAUCACGGACAGAUGAAACAUGAACAAGUUAGGCCUGACUGGAAUGCACUCUUUCAUUUUUGCUUUGGCACCAAUUCAUGUUGUCGGCAUGACUUUAGUUGAUACACUUGGUGCGACGCCUGUACCAUCUUUGGUGCCCGGACAAGUAGUGAUAAAAGAUUGUGCUCUCGAGUUAUUACUUGCGAAAGGUGUUCUGCAUUGUAAUUUCUUGUUCAUGUUUCAUUCGUCCAUGAUGAUACACUCUGGUCAAGGCAGACCCUAUUAAUAUUUGCCUUGAUGAAGACAAGUCAACAUGUCCUGGCGUUCAUACAUAGCUCAAGCUUUACCUUUGCUCACCUCUAGCCCUUUAUGUACUGCAGUAUACAGCAACGGGCUUUAAUUAACUUGGGCUCAGUGUCAACGGUAGGUGUGGCUUGGUACAUGUGGCUUCGACAGCUAUUUCAACCAUGUGACCUAGGACCAGCUGCACCCGUGCCCAUGCGGGAUGGACGAUCACGGGUGUCAGUAAUGUGACCGACAGUGAUAGCAGCUGACGUCUUAAUUGACGUGCACACAAUCAAGUUUCGUCUUAGCUUAAGUUCCCGAUUGCUAUUAUGAAAUGGGCAAAGUGUGGGUUGUGGAACGUACCUGCUGAGCUUGGCCUUUAGCCUGUUCUAGCCAGCUGUUGCGAUUUUGCUGUGUGCUGAUACUGGGCUCAUGAUAGUUAUAACUUGGUUCACCCUUCCGUGUUAGGCUUGCUCAGCGACUAGACAACUGAGCUAUGCGGGAAAGCCGGCCUCUCGAUGCAGACACGCCUGCAAUGCAGUGAAGGUAAAUGAAGGGGAAAGGAUGUGACAGUUCGGAGCAGGAGAAAAUUCCAGUCCUCCACCAUGAUGCAAUGACUUCUCUAGUGCGAGCACAGCUGCUCUGGCAGUUACGUUGCCAAUCAUAUACGUUACAGCCGCUGUCUUCACACUUUCACACUUUCUGCAUGCCCUGCAUAAAAGAGCACCACAGGAUCUGGCCUAAGCAGCGAUGCAGCCUGCAAAGUGCAUUCUACAGACUGUCAGAAGCACAUUAUUUAUUUAAGGUCUCAUAGUUUUCACAAAAAUAGGCAAAAAUGAGUAAGCUAAAAAAAAUUAAAAUUAAGCGCCAGAUUUGUAGAUUCUAACUCUGCACCGAAAACCGAUAUUGGAGUUCUGUAAACUGCAUCUGCUAGGGCAUCUGAUGCAAGCAAUUGUGAUAUAUUAAUUUGCAGCCUACGUGAAAUCGUUCCAAUGUUAACAAGGGUACUUCUUUAAAUCCCUGCACACAAAUUAGUGGUGUAUAACAAUGACGCAUCAAUUUUGUAAAUUUUACAUGCCUCAAUAGAUGCAGUUGACAGCAUUACAAUAUAGUUUAUUAUCGCUGAGUUAGAGUUGUAAGCUUCACAGCUUCGUUUUACUAUUAUUUUUCUUUUUUCCAAUUUUCAACAUUUUUUGUGAAAAAUAUUGAUGACCUACAUCAACAACCUCUUCUCUGCAGUUAGUACUAGCGUAUUUCAACAUUUUCUUUUGACUGCCACAAGCCUCGUCAAAUUUGGUGCAUUGAAUGCUGAGUGAAACGAUUUCUCUGCAUGUUUUGCAGCAACUGAGUCCAAGUUAAUUGCAACCGAUUGUUAGAGCCGAAAUAAUAAAAAAAAAAAAAACAAGAGAAACGUGACACGGUGACUUUUGACAUCUUCUCGAGAGAAUCCCUGCAUUCGUUGCAGCAUUUCAGCAGUCUUUCAUGAGCCCGGAGAGCUUCUGUGUUUCUUCUUCGCACCCUAUCACACAUUUUAAGCCCUCUUUGUAGCCAUAGUGCAUGCAUCGUUGUAAAAGCAAGAUGACUGGUAUCACUAUGAAGUUUGUCACUUUUUAUUUUUAUUUCAUUGAACGACCAUGUUUGAAUGGCCCCUAAUUUAAAGGGACACUUAAGAGAAAUACGCCUUGAGCUGUAUUGCUACAUUAAUGUUCUAAAAAUACCAUGAAAAGAGGUGUCAUAAAUGACAGUAGGGUGGCAACUUUGCCCUGAAACUCCCGCACAAUCUUAUCAUGACAUUGUGCAUUUUAUUUAUUUAUUUAGAGAAUACUGCAGGCCUAUGCAGAAGGGGCAUAGGUACAAUAGAAGGGUCAACUAAGGUGUGCAGAAAAGAAGAAAAUGGCUACGGCACAUCGCAAAUUAAAAACUAUAGCUAUACAGUAAAGGCAACUCUCCAAUACAACAACAGGAACUGCCAUAAAAUAACGGCAAAGGCACAGCACCAAAGAAAGGUAAAAAAGCUGAACAAAUAGAAUUAUAAAAUGCAGCUUGCUCAGGAGUCAACGCACACAUUUGGUGGUAGCAAGAAGUGAUAAGAGUUCCACAGCGUCUGCUAAGACCCAGUUUAUUUUUCAUCGGUAUUAAUAGACUGCAUUGUAUUCUAAAAGAGUCAACACGUUAACUUGGCAAGUUGCAGGAACUUUUACUGAACUACCACGACCUAAAUACGAAAACAUGCUUUGAAUCCUUAACUUCACACUGCCAUGCCGGUGUUGAGCUUAUGGCGAGAGCUACGACCUUCAUGUUCUUUUUUAGUAAUCAAUGUAUGACCACGAAAUUUAUGGAGAUUCGAGUUUUGAAAGACCGCUUUGUCACUCUAAACUGAUACGUGUCUCUCUAUAGUGUCCCUUGAAGACAUUGUAGAAUUCCCCACAGUAGAAAUGUUCACUUAUCACAGCAAGUUGUGCUUUUGUUCCAGCAGCAAUGAAGAAAGGAUUGCUCAUCUGUUUCUUAUUUCGCAAUGUUGAUGCCUUUCAGCAUUGAAGUUGCAUGCGUUGUCGAGAUAUGUGAUGGAAAUGUAGCAUUGGCAUUGUUUUGUGGAUAGCUCGUGGAUUGUGCUCGUUUAGGAGUUGAUACUCUCAUGUGCGUGAACUGUACGCAACGGUAGACUCAACGCUCUUUCUUCGUAACCUUGUUUCAUAAACUGACAGGCGGCGUAGUGAAGCUGUCGAGAAUAUAAUCUUUUACUCCGGACAUGUGUGUUCAACGUAAGAGCCUCUGUAGGUGCGUAAUCUUUUAUAUUUUUACAUGCUGAUUAUGUAACGGUGUGUAUGGUGGACUGUCUAGAGAAGCGAUAGCUUUAUUUUAAUCUUAUAUGGACCGCUGGAGACUUUAUAGGGGCUGCAGAAUCAAGCAUCAUUUCCUUCUCUUGAUCACUCUGUACAGCUUAGUGAAGAUUAGUGUCCAGAUAAGCGUGGCAAUUUUGAUAACAAAUGAUGGCAUUGUGUUCACUGCAUUGAGCAUUGCAUUGUGGAAUUUAGCCCGAUGCGUUGCUGGACAAAUUUUCUGAAUGCUUGCAAACAACAUGAACGUUUGGUUCAUGCUUGUAGAAUUACAAACACUGUAGAUGGUUGCAAUUUGGGUUUUGUAGUUCCAUAGACAGCAGGAUGAAAAAUGUUUUUCAUAUUCGCAUGGGUAGUUAUUUUAAACAGAACACACUAAAAUGUCGUCAUAAGUUGCAUCUGUAAUUUCUUAUUGGCGUUGCUAAUCCGUUAACAUGUCUAUGUCAUUUAACCUUGCGAAAGCGCCGGUCUUGAUCAGAAAUUUGCAAUUUUGACAUUUUAGAGCACUAAUCUAUCACUUUUAGCUUCACUUAAUCUUUGCCUUGAGUGUUCCUUUUAGAUAAGUGCUGUUCACAUGGUUUCUUUGAUAAUCAAACUGGACAGCUCAUGGUUCUUUGUUUAGUUUUCCAUAGAUUCAGUGUAGUCCUUUCAGUUAACUAGAACUGAUGACAUAAAGCGAUUCCUAAGCUUAUGUUGCUUUGAAAGUGAGUCGACUCUAUGUCGCAUGAUCAAAAUUCAGAUCACUUUGUACACAUUAGUGUUUGCAUGUCCUGCAACCGGCUCUCCUAGUGAGAUUCUGCCAAAUAUGGCUUUAGUUUUUGAAGUCAUUUACAAUGCCAUUGUUGUGAGAAGUCGAAAUAAGGACAUUUUGCAUGGAAGAAGGAAAAAAAAAACUAGUAGGGAACAUUAUGACCUCACGCAACCAGCCUUCACAAGACAACUCUGUGUGGAGCAUCACCCCCUUUGCUUUUUUUUUCUCAGAAAAAUUCGGCCCGACACAUGCCUCUGUGCUCGGCAGGCUAGGCCCAGUGUGCUUGGUUCCCCCGAGCUUUUAAUCAAUGUGCGCUUGUCCGGGUGCUUUGCCAACUUCUUUGGGCACAUUUUUUCUUUGAUGCUUGUGCAACUUCGAUUGCUUAUUGCAACAUGUACAUUUGCAGUCUUCGUUCAAACUAAAGACUGUGGCAGCCGCACAUGGCUAUCUCAGUCAUUGUCAUUUUCAGAAGAGCGUGCGCCCACCGUGGCUAGUAUGUCGACGGAAGACACUAAAGCUUGCCGCGCCACGACGAAGUGUCGGGCUGACCUUUUCUAACUUCAGUUUUAUCCCGUGAUGCUGCCUCCUUGUUCUUUGAUAUUUUUGUGCAGGUGCAUGCUGCAUUUUACCACUUUCUUUUCAGAUCGACUGAAUGCCUUAAAUAUGUGCAGUUUUGUACUUGGAAAGACUUUAGCAGCAGUUUGAAUUUUGGAAAAGUGUUGUCUGCAAGUGAUUUCAGAGAAAGGUUUAGGUCCUUAAUUUUCCACAUCAUAACACACAUGAAAUACACUCUGCUUAGACAAUGGCUGAACUGACUAGAAAGAACUUGGUUGCAUUUAAAAGAAAAAGUCAAAUGCUCCGAACUCUUGUAGCAUAUAUUUUAUACAGUCUUUCAAUUACCUUACAAAAGUUAUAAAACAAAACACAAAAUAAAGAAAAUUGAAGCACUGCAGUGCGAACAGAUUUAGUGUUUAAAGUAAUAAAUUAUUGGUAUAUCGCACAUGACUUUAGAGAUCACGACUAAGUUGUUAAUAAGGCCUUUGGAAAGCUCACAUAGAUGAAAUGAUUUAUUUAUUAAUUAAAUUAAUGUGGUGACCUAGAAAUGAAUUAAAUUGAAAAUAACAUGGUGAAUUUGAAUUGCUUGAAUGCUCGGUCAGCUGCUACUUGCAGAUACUCUAGGUCUUUUUUCAUUGCACUGUUAACAGGCUUGGAAAUGUGACGAUUCAGAUUUCAAGAAAUCUUGAUGAUUAUUUUCAGUGUUUUUAAAAUUGAAAAUUGAGAGCCUCUGUAAAACAUCAACUAUAAACUGGAGGCAGAAUUGAACUUACUAUUUUAAAAGCAACACAUUCUCUUCAAAUCAGCACAGCAGUUGCCUGGGUAGACCAUUUCUGCAUCUAAUGUGUAUUUGAAAGGAACAUGCAAGAUCCAAUCCUUCUUCUUAACUUUUUCUAAUAGUUACUUGACAAUAUCCAAAGACACUCCUGUAUUUUUUUGCCUGUGUGAAAAAGCAGCAUUCCUCAGAGUGAUUCUAGUGAAAAACCUGCAUUCCUCAAAGUGAUUCUAGUCAGUUUGAAAGUAAAACACAAGUUUUAAUUAAUUACAUCUUUAAACAUGAAUCAAGUUCCUGGAUAACUGACUCAUGGAUCCUAUAUUUUUUAGCAUUGUGUACUGUGCAGCCAUUAUUGGAAUGCACAAUGUCCUAGUGGACGUAAGCUUUGAAUUUUUUCCUCGCUAGCCCAACUGGAAAUAAGUGAUUAGUUGGACUGGUUUGUUUCCCAACGAUUUCCAGUUCAUACAGCAUUAUUUUCUUUAAUUUCUUAUUUUGCUGGUUUCCAAUUGCUCUAACUGCUUGUGGAUGAAAAUUGGAAAAUAGUAUAGUUAGGCCAGUUGAACAUAUUAUUGAGCUUGUAGCCAAGGCACGUCCUGGCUCAAUCAAAGUGGUAUUCUAAAGUGAGCGACAAUUACUCUGACAUGCUUUAAAUUUCAUCAUGCUGUAAAAUGCGAAGAUGUUCCAUUAGUUUGCAAUCUUCGUUUUGUUUUUGCCGUUUACGUUCUUAUUUUUCUUGGCACUCUUUGGCGAGACCUGGCCCUUGUGGCGUUAAACAUCAUCACCUUAUUUUUCGUGUUGGAUUGAUUUGCUGAAUUGUGCGAGCAAAAUGCACGACUCCUUUGUACCCUGUGACAGUGUCUUCACUGUAAAGUGUGCAAAGCUGUGCGCGCAAGCAAAUGUGAUGCGAGACGUGUGUUGUGUGCUUUGCACGUACAGUGUGUUACGCAAUGGGUAUUGUACGUUUUUCACGCCUUAUAUUGUUGUCAUAAUCAUGACUCUGAUUUUUUUUAAUCCACAUUUUAGAUCCAUUCCAUCUUUUAAUGUUGCGUUCACUUAGUGACGGGCAUGCUGUGGUGAAAUGUGAUACCAAGAGUACAAGAGAUAAGAAAAAAAAAAAAAAGAAACGACAGCUUCAUUAUAGUCAUUCCCUCUUUGAGAACUUUUUCUUGUUCUUUUGAAACUUGGAGCAGCUGUAAUAGUGUGCUUAAGUUUCAGGUUACCCAUUCAGCAUUGCAGAAGAGCCAAGUGGAAUUUGUACACAACUUUAACCCCUUAACCAUUUCAUUAAAUGGAGAAAUUCUUUAGACUAAACUUGCCUAAAACACUAACUGGAGAUCUGUUGCGGAAAACUGUUGAGCACCAUAGUAGUGAGUCUGUAAUUCUUAGAGCAUAACUUGGCACAGGUUGUGGUUAAAGCGGUUAAGCGGUUAAAGGGCUUAGCUAGGCUGUGUGUUAAAAAAAUACCAUUGGGCUCAAGUGUAGCGAGUACUAAUGUACAUACAUACAACUCUUGUAGAACUGAGUGCGUGUUGUAACAUUUUAUUUCAUGUUAGCAGCUGCACAAAAAAGUGUUUGCAUAUCGCUCCUUUCCUGAAAAGUGUGCAAGCAGUCAUCACAAAUAUGAAAAGAAAAAGAUGUUUUUUUUCUCAGUACAUAAAGCAUUGUAGUUGUGUGCUAUGUAUCGCCUUGUGAUCUAGUCCUUGUACUUGCAAUGUUUGUGUUACGAUGAUUAUGAUGUGCAAUCCUGUCUAGGGAGUUACGUCUUUCCCAUUACUAUGAAAUGUGCAGUUGUGUCAGUGGCGUGGGUGCAAUGGCUUUGAAAAUUGAACCUUUCCAUGAUGUCUUGCAAGAUGCACGAGCAGAAUCGGCUCUAGUUGUCUUGGUGUGCGAGAUUUUGUACGUGUUUUGUACGCACGCUCUAAUGCGCGAAUUUCGCAAGACGAGCCGAAAAGAGAUGCGCCGUUGUGAGGUGCCAAACGAGGCGUCAUUGCGCGCACAAUCCAUAGCAUCGCCAGUCAGACUUUGUAACUGAGUUGUGGAAACACAGUAUGCACUGGCGGAUCUUGUGAUGGCCGGGGCAAUUACGAAGUGCACUGGAGCUAUUGGAGCAAAUUUUAUUCUUCAUUGCGUAGUGUAUGAACGCAAGGUUGAUAAGAAACAUUUGCCGGAUAAUGUAACGCGUAGAACAGCUGGUCACUUAGUGUAACGGUACUGGUUCCAAGGGAAGGGAGAUGCGGUCUGUAACCCGUCCCACCAAUUCCGAGGAGUACAGCGAGAACUAUGGGUCGCUUCAGCUGACCUGACCAGAGGAAACGCUCCUCCAUUGUCUGCCACUGAUCAUCCUCUGUAUGUGCAGUGCUAACUGGAUGAAAGUUUCUUGGCAGAAUCAGUGGUGCGCAAUGGAGCAAGCGUUCCUUCUGGGAAACAUAGGCCGCCAUUUUGUAGCGAUGCCUUUUCCGAUGCUAUGCCUUUUCGCACUUCCGUCAGCGGUCAGAGCGACGCUCCGCCCACGUUAUCGACAGAAUGAGCCGGCCAUCAACAGUGGAUGACAAGAGUGGCAUAGAAUGACAUGUGCCCUACAGCCUUUGCUGUACUGCGUGGAAUUGGUGAGGUAGGGUACAAGGCAGGAUAGAAUUGAAUGGAGGGAUGACAUUACGGAACUUGCUGAUGUAGGGUGUGAUCAGCUGGUGCUAAAGAGGGCUGCUUGGGAAAGCGUUCGUCCCUCUGCGGUAGGCUCACGAUUAUGAUUAUGGCUGAGACAACAAUUAUGAUGAUAAUGAUGUAUAGAUAGCAUUGUGCAUUACUUGCAUUCUGUGUUUGUCUAAGUGAAAUGUGAGAGUGUAAUGAGGGGUGGGGGGGGGCUUGUGAAACAUCAGACAGUCGGCUGUUAUGAGAGAGAGCACAAAAAGGAGCGAUUUUGUAAUGCAUCCAUGAAGUUUACCGUGCAGGCUAGUAAUGAACCCAAGAAGUACAAGUUUACAAAUACGGAAACAUUUUUUGAAACAUUUUUUUCCUCGUAAUUUGAGGUUUGCACGAUUUCUAGUCAGUUUGCUGCAGUCGGCUUCAAGUCACCACCUUGAAUGGAGGCCAGUCUUGCUGCAACAGCAAAGCUUUUUCGUUUGCCAGCUCAUCCUCUUUUCAUGUAGCCUCAUAGGGAAUCCGAGCGUAAUGCUUUGGUCAUAUUUCUUUGUUGUGCCAAUUACUAGUCACGGCUACUGAAAUAGGGACAGAAAAAAAGUGGCAAACUCUCUUUUGUAUUGAACUUUUAUUUUGGAGCAAAAUCUCUUUGUGCCAUCUUUUUAUGUUUUCUUUUGAUUCAGACAUUGAAUGUUGGAGAUUAUGCAGUCAAGUGAGUUUUGCAGGCUCUUGAUAUCAGCCUGUGAGAUUGGUACAUUGGAAAAGGCAUCCAUUUUCACCCCACCAAAUGACUGAGAUGCUCUGUGAAGUCCUCAAAGGCACUUCACCUGUCUGCAGAUCAUGAAAUCAAAAAGUUUAGUUCUCAGACUAAUUAAGUUUCACUUGAAGUGAGUGUACACAUUCGUUUAUGUGUUUGGCUCGUUAGGUGUUCAGUAGUCUCUCGUCGUCAGUGCCGCUCAAGCUUUCACUCGCAAAGAGAUUGCACACAGUCACCUAGCGGUAAUUGAAGCUUCUAGGGAGAUUUAAUCUUAAAAAAAGAUGUAAUAAAGCACAGUUGUGACUUCUUAUACAAUAUACAUACCCAGUCAUGUUUGAACAUAUGUGUAUCAGGAGAUGAAAAGAUAUAUGACCUGUUUGGUUGCGCCAUCUCAUAGUGGCUAUCACCAACUUUCCAUUGAGACAAAGAUGUGAAAUUUAUCACAGCAUGGCGGGUAAGCUGCCUGCAAUGUCCACUGGAUGGCUCUCACUUCUUUUCCAGUGAAGCGACAAUGCGUCAAGGCAUACGUGGUGCCAUUUAUUUUGUUUGGUGUGAAUACGAAUUCUACCUUCUGAAUUUUAUCAUGCUUCAGUGUUUACUCUUUACAUUUUACAUAAAGAACGUGGCGAGACAAUGUUUGCACCUCUCUUUGCACCAGACAUCCCACUGUGGAACAUUUCUUUCUUAAUUCGGUCACGUGACACUUUUUGUCGCUUGUGCAAUGUAUCUGCUCCCUGUGUACGUGUUCUGCAAGAUUUGUAUCUGGUAUCUGUACAUAACGGUGUGUACACAGUGACGCGGUGAUAAUGUGCCUCAACAUGUGCAUAUAUGUACAGCUAUGCAUAUACUGGAAUAAAGGUUAAGAUAAAACAA